AUGCGCGGCGCGUGCUACACCAACCGCACUUUCGUGGAUGAUGACGGGCGCGCAGCGCGAGACGCACCGGCACCGAGUGUGACUUCUGACCGCUCCCAAAUGCUAAGUGGGGUUGUGCUCAAUGUUCAGGGACUGAAGAUGGCCACUGGUGAACCUGAUGUCCCUCCCCUUCAGGGUCGUGCUCGCUUCCGAGAACUGUUGCUGGGUGAACAGCCGUGUCAGAGUGAGGACAGGGUGCAUGUGGAGUUCUAUGUGAAUGAGAACACCUUCAAGGAGAGACUCAAAUUAUUCUUCAUUAAAAAUCAGCGCUCCAGUCUGCGCAUUCGAAUCUUUAACUUCUGUCUGAAGGUUCUGACUUGCGUGCUUUACAUCAUAAGAGUGAUGACUGAUAACCCAGCUCAUCUUCGCAACACAAGUAUGAAAUGCAACAACACUUAUCAGAAUGAUGAGAUAAACUGGGAGCUGAUCUUGUGGGUGGAUAGAAAAACUCCUGUGUGGGCAAUUCAGGUCAUAGUAGCAUCAAUCAGUUUCCUGGAGGCAAUGCUGCUCAUGUACCUCAGCUACAAGGGUAACAUCUGGGAGCAAAUAUUCCAGGUGGCAUUCCUACUGGAAAUGUUAAAUACCGUCCCCUUCAUAAUCACGAUCUUCUGGCCGACCCUGAGGAACCUCUUUAUCCCCGUAUUUCUCAACUGCUGGCUGGCCAAGCAUGCUCUGGAGAACAUGAUUAAUGAUUUACACCGAGCCAUUCAGAGGACACACUCUGCCAUGUUUAACCAGGUUCUGAUACUCAUCUGCACGCUGCUCUGCCUUGUCUUCACUGGCACGUGUGGGAUUCAGCAUUUGGAGCGAGCUGGAAGAAACCGCCUUUCUCUCUUUAAUGCUCUUUAUUUUUGCAUUGUCACUUUUUCCACGGUGGGUUUUGGUGAUGUGACACCACAGAUUUGGCCUUCACAGCUGCUUGUGGUGGUGAUGAUAUGUGUGGCGCUGGUGGUGCUUCCCCUACAGUUUGAGGAACUGAUUUAUCUGUGGAUGGAGCGGCAGAAAUCUGGAGGGAACUACAGCAGACAUCGUGCACAGACGGAGAAACAUGUUGUUCUCUGCGUCAGCUCCCUUAAAAUUGACCUGCUCAUGGACUUCCUCAAUGAAUUCUACGCUCACCCCCAUACACAGGAUUACUAUGUGGUGAUUCUGUGUCCGUGUGAGGCUGACAGUCAGGUUAGAAGAGUUCUCCAGAUUCCACUUUGGUCUCAGAGGGUCAUAUACCUGCAAGGGUCCGCCUUAAAAAAUCAGGACCUCCUUCGAGCCAAGAUGGAUGAUGCUGAGGCUUGCUUUAUUCUGAGCAGCAGGAAUGAAGCGGAUCGAAUGGCUGCAGAUCAUCAAACAAUACUGAGAGCAUGGGCAGUAAAGGAUUUUGCCCCAAACUGCCCCCUCUAUGUCCAGAUCCUUAAACCUGAAAACAAGUUCCAUGUCAAGUUUGCGGACCAUGUGGUGUGUGAAGAGGAGUUCAAGUACGCGUUAUUAGCUCUGAACUGCCUGUGUCCGGCCACGUCCACUCUCGUCACUCUGCUUGUCCACACAUCCCGUGGACAGGAAGGUCAGCAGUCUCCUGAGCAGUGGCAGAGAAUGUAUGGCCGCUGUUCCGGGAACGAAGUCUAUCACAUCCAACUCAGUGACAGCAUGUUCUUCCGAGAGUUUGAGAAUAAGAGCUUUACCUAUGCUGCUUUUCAUGCACACAAAAAGUAUGGUGUAUGUUUGAUAGGAAUAAAGAGAGAGGAUAAUAAAAUCAUUCUACUGAACCCUGGUCCCCGUCAUUUAAUGUGUGCUGCGGACACCUGCUACUACAUUAACAUCACAAAGGAAGAAAACUCUGCAUUUACUGUCAGACAAGAAACACAACACAGGAAGAAACAAAGUAAAAGUAAUAUUCUGAACAGCCCGUCUGAGCUUCCAGUUCACAGCAUCAUUGCUAGCAUGGGAACUGUUGCAAUGGACUUUCAGAACCCCAGUCCAACUGCAAACACCAAAUUGGCGCCACCCUCAGAAAAUGGACCAAAAUGUCGCCGAACCAGUAUUGCUCCUGUUCUGGAGAUUGCAGACUCUGCCUCUUUACUGCCAUGUGACCUCCUCAGUGACCAAUCAGAAGACGAAACUGCACACUCGGAUGAGGAUGUUCCCUCUGUCUUUGACUGUGUGAAGGGUUAUCCUCCUAACUCACCCUACAUAGGAAGCUCACCAACCCUGUGCCACCUCCUGCCCAAUAAAGCUCCAUUCUGCUGCUUGCGUCUUGACCAGGCAUGCAAACAUGUUAGCUUUGAGGAAGCGAAAGCAUACGGCUUCAAAAACAAGCUCAUCAUUGUAUCAGCUGAGACAGCUGGAAACGGCCUGUACAACUUCAUUGUCCCUCUGAGAGCCUAUUACAGACACAGAAGAGAACUUAACCCAAUCGUUCUACUGCUUGACAACCUGCCUGACGAGCAUUUCCUGGAAGCCAUUUCUUGUUUCCCAAUGGUCUACUACAUGGUUGGAAGCAUUGACAACUUGGACAGCCUUUUACAGUGUGGGGUGCUGUAUGCUGAUAACCUGGUGGUGGUGGAUAAAGAGAGCACAAUGAGUGCUGAGGAGGAUUACAUGGCUGAUGCUAAAACUAUUGUCAACGUUCAGACCAUGUUCAGGUUGUUCCCCAGUCUUAGUAUCAUUACAGAGCUGACUCACCCAUCCAAUAUGCGCUUCAUGCAAUUCAGAGCAAAGGACAGCUACUCGCUUGCUUUAUCCAGACUGGAGAAGAAGGAGCGUGAUAAGGGUUCUAAUCUGGCCUUCAUGUUCCGCCUGCCAUUUGCUGCUGGCCGAGUUUUUAGCAUCAGCAUGCUGGAUACACUUCUCUACCAGUGUUUCGUGAAGGACUACAUGAUCUCAAUUACACGUCUGCUGUUGGGGCUCGACACAACACCUGGAUCAGGAUACCUGUGUGCUAUGCGUGUGCGUGAGUGUGACCUGUGGAUUCGUACAUAUGGAAGACUAUUCCAGAAGCUUUGCUCCACAAGUUCUGAGAUCCCUUUUGGAAUUUAUCGCACCGAAUCCCACAUGUUCCUGUCAUCUAAGUCUCAGUUUUCAGGUAGCGCAGAAGGAUGGGCAGACUCCAGGGAUAAGGAGGAGGAGCCAAAAGUACUGAUUCAUAAUUCUUCAGGAAGUGACCAAUCAGAAUACUCUCUUUUGAGGAGGAAGAGCAUGCACUGGACAAGGCGUUUGAGUAGACGGGCCAUGAAGAGGAGCGACUCUGCUUUUUCUUCCACUCAGCCCAAUCAUGGCGUGUCACGACUGUCAGAGAGGGCAGAGUUAACGGAGCUUGUCAGGAAUCGAAUGCAGCAUUUAGGCCUACACACUGGAUUCAGUAAAUACCUAUUGAAAAUGCCCUCUACCAAAGAUGCCACAAAUCUGACAGCCAGUGAUGUCAUGAACAGAGUCAAUUUAGGUUACUUACAAGGUGAGCUAAAUGACCAGCAGAAUUCUCUCUCCUACGUGCUCGUUAAUCCUGGGCCUGACACACCUCUCCAGCUACACGAUGUCGUGUUCCUGAUUCGGCCAGAUCCACUGGCUCACAUUCCAGAUGAAAACACAACUCGGACAAAUCGGAGCUAA